GGAGCGCAUGAUUAAAUAACCCACCUUCCCUAUCCUACGUGUCACUUUCUAAUUGGUUCAUUACCUCUCGUCGGGAUUCAUACCAACACACCAAUAAACGAAACAAGUCACACUCUCACUCACUCUUUUUCUCUCUCUUCUUUUUGUUGUGUUUUCUCUUUGCACAAUUUCACCAUUUUCUCCGUUUUCUUUUCACUUUUUACUCUUCAAAUUCUCAUUUUCGUAACAACCAAUGCACGAUCUUCAUUAACAAUAUGAAAUUUUGAGAGAUUAUUAUUACUAUUUUCAAAUAUGCUUCAAGCAAUGGAAACUAAUGGUGUUGGUGUUGGUGUUGGUAAUGGUGGUGGUUUCUCCGCUCAUUUACAAAGCUGUGGUGGUGGUGGUGGUGGUGAUAGUAGUGAAGAGGAAUUGUCAGUGUUACCUCGUCAUACUAAGGUUGUUGUUACGGGAAAUAACCGUACGAAAUCGGUUCUUGUUGGUCUUCAAGGUGUUGUUAAGAAAGCCGUUGGAUUAGGUGGUUGGCAUUGGCUGGUUCUUACAAAUGGUAUUGAAGUGAAGCUACAAAGGAAUGCUCUUAGUGUGCUUGAAGCUCCUACUGGCAAUGAAGAAGAUGAUGACCUUGAAUUUGAUAAUGUGCAAUGGAAUAAUGGAUCAGAUAUGGCAUCUGACGAUACACAUAAGUCUCACAAAUCGAGGCAGAGAAUGCAUAGAUCAUUGGGAUCAUGUCAUAAGACGAUGAGUAGGUCCUUCUCUGGUGAUUCACAGUCUAAGGGGUCCGUUACAAUGUCUCAUGGGUCCACGAAGGUUGACUUGAGCAAGCUUGAAAUGGCUGCAUUGUGGAGAUAUUGGAGACAUUUUAAUCUUGUGGAUGUUGUCCCGAAUCCAUCGAAAGAGCAGCUUGUAGAUGUUGUUCAGAGGCAUUUCAUGUCCCAAAUGCAAUUGGAUGAGUUGCAGGUCAUUAAGGGAUUCGUUAAUGCUGCAAAGAGGCUCAAGACUGUGUGCAAAUGAGAUUGGAGCGACGACAAGAAUUGACAAGAUAUGUUAAAAUAUAGUAUUGUCUAUGCUAACAGAGAUACUGUAUCUAGUGUUCACUUCCCUUAGUACUCCUAUGUAGCAUAUUAAUCGGGAAUUUGUAUCUUUCUGAUAUAGUAGUUAGUAGGUUAAGUAAUAGUUUGAGGUUAUAGAGGUACUAAUUACUCUUUUGUGGCCACCUAGUUAUGUAGAUAUAUGUGACCUUGAAACUGGGAUGUUAAGGAAAGGUUCCAUUCCGAGGCUUUCUUAUCGAAGCUAAGUUCGAUUCAAUGUAGUAUUGCUGACCUGGGAAGUGAGCUUUUAGAGACCUUAUUGUAUAUAAAUAUUUUAGUUUCUCUCAACUGUGAUUCUUCACUAUUUACUA